AGAGGAAAAGCCUCCCGGUCUGCAGACUUGUCUCACAGAAGAGGGUGAAACAGAUUUCCUUUUACAUGGAAGCUCACUUCUGAAGGCGCUUGUGGGGAAGAAAAAACAACAAGCCAACACUUGAAUAUCAAGAGUUAGUGAUUUUCAUUUUCUUCUUCAUCUCUAAAUGUAGCUGUUUGGGUAACACAUAUAUUAGUAGAUAUCAUAAUAUUAUAAGUUCAGUGUGAUGGUCCAUUCCAUCAGCCCAUCAUUCAAUGGAGAUCUGCUUUUAAAAAAACGCAGCUUUUCAAACCAUUAAAAGAAAAUGUUAUAAUGUUAAUUAUGCUGCGUAGUGAGUGAUAAGUCUCUGGCUAUGCUACACAUAUCUAAACCCCCCGGACAAAAAGCUUUUCAAUGCAGUUUAUAGUACACACACCUCGUGUUGUGCGGGGUGAAGUAAUGGCUGAAACAGCCCAGCUGUUCUCCCCCCAGGACACAUUCUCACACCCCCGUGGGCUUAAAUAGUCCUUGAGAGGGACCAAUCACAAUGCGCCUUCAGCAGAGAUGCGCCAUGCAGUCCAAGCGCACUGAUCUCCGCCCGGACUGGACAACUGUGGAGCUGCGAUGCAGCCACGCGCAUUUCCAAAUGCGACACACAACUCGUCGGACUGGACCUGACUGCUGAUUAGACGCAGAUAAACUUUUUGGACGUACGUUUUUGGGGGGAAUUCUGCGUCAUGCAGAGAUCGACUAUUGGGAUUUGGAAAAAAAUAAAUGGGACGGCAAAAAUCUCGAAAAGAAGUUGAGUCGCUCCAGUUUGCGCGCACGGUUCAGUUUGGCCAACUUUGUGCAGCGGUCCGUCCGAUCCGACGCGGUCCGCGCGGGCGCAGCAGCAGCACCAGAGAAGGAGGAGGAGGUGGAGGAGGAGGAGGAGGCUGAAUGUGGCAGGAGACGGGUCACUGAGCUGCAGCGAGAAGGUAGCGAGUUUCUCUAGUCCUCAACUCUCCAAUGUCACCGGACAGGAUGAUGAUCAUCGGACUUCUGCUCAGUGCUUUCUCUUGUGGGAGCGAGCCGCUCUCCGCCUCCUUGGACUGUCUGGUGGCGGAGCAGAGCUGCGUCCAGGAGCAGUCCUGCACGGCGCUCUACCGGCUGCUGGAGUACUGCGCGGCCGAGGAGGCCGUGUCGCCCCUCGGCCGAGACGCCCGCACCGAGUGCCUGGAGGCGCGGAGCUCCUUGCAGCAGUACCGCCCCCUCCAAGUCUGCAAAUGCCAGCGCGGCUCUCGCAGAGAGGAACACUGCCUCAGGGUGUACUGGACUGUGAGAUUUGCAGCGUACGACGAGUACGACGUCUCUCCGUACGAAGAGCUGGAGUUGAACCUGGCGAGAACUAUUGAGAUGUCACGGAUGGCCUCCAUCAUGUCAGCUUCCUCUCUAUCCGCGGGCGGCCAAAACCAGUGUCUGAAGGCGGCGCAGGACUGCGGCCUGUACGAGAAAUGCGGCUCCCUGCGCUCGGAGUACGUCGUCGCCUGCACCAAGCGCUCGACGGCGUCCGACGGCGCGUGCAACCGGCAGAAGUGCCACAGGGCCCUGCGGCGCUUCCUGGAGCGCGUGCCGGAGGAGUACAGCUUCGGCCUGCUCUUCUGCCCCUGCUCUGACCCGCUGUGUGGCGAGCGCCGGAGGAAAACCAUCGUCCCGUCGUGCUCCUACGAGGAGAACGGGAGAGGGGAGGAGAGAGUGGGCAAGCCCAACUGCCUCAGCCUGCAGAACUACUGCUCCAGAGACGAGCUGUGUAGAUCCAGGUUUGCUGAUUUCCAACACAACUGCCAGCCCUCCCCUCUGUCUGCUUCUGGCUGUGUGCGAGACAGCAGAGCCAUGUGCCUGAAAGCCUACGCUGGACUCAUAGGCACCAUCAUGACUCCCAACUACGUGAGCAACAGCAGCACAGACGUGUCUCAGUGGUGCACGUGUGACGGCAGCGGCAACGAAUGGCACGGCUGUCAGCGCAUCCUGCACCUGUUCAGCAGCAACACAUGCCUGCGCAGUGGCAUCAGCUCCAUGGGGAUCCCGGCACCUCCUCCCGUGGAAAACACCCCCGCCGCGCCGGCUUCCCAGCCCUCCCCGCGCGUCUACCAGGAGCGGGUUCGCGUUAACACUCUGCCUGAAUUCGACAGUAUGGAGGACGACGAUGAAGAGGAGCGGGAGGAGGAGGAGGAGGAGGAGGAGGAGGAGGAAGGGGAGGAAUUCGACAUCAUCCCUGCGUAUUCGGAGAAGAACUCUAACACUGAAUCGGGGGCCAGGGGGAGCAGACACGGAGCAGGUGUCCCAGCAGUAGCCGUGUUAACGUCACUGCUGCUGCCUACGCUCGUCCUGGACCGGGAUUACUGGAGCUACUGAAGCCUCCGUCUCAUUCUCCGCUCACCGCUUUUCCUUUAUCAUUUUUUAACCCCCCCCCCCCC